GUCUUCUCUAAGUUUCUUCCUGUGCAAAAGAAAGGAGUCUACAAAUGGUACUACACGUUUAACGUUUUAUUUGAGGAAGAUGGUUAUGGUCCCACCCAUGUAAUAUAGGUCCCAGAGGAAGGGCGUGCAUCAUCAUCGUCAUCUUCUUCUUCUUCUUGUCCACAGACACUUCCAUAUCUGCAUGCAAAUGGCGGGAGAGAUCAAGGUGGGGCCGUGGGGUGGCAACGGAGGGUCUGAAUGGGACAUGGGGGCUGCCGACCGCAUCAUCAAGAUAGAUAUUUUCGCCAGUGAGGUCAUCGCCGGCAUUCUGAUCACCUUCACCCGUAAUGGUCAGAAGGAGACCAAACUCUUCGGUAGCAUCCUUGGCGAUCCCCACCCGAUUUCUCUGCAAGAGGACGAGUAUCUUGUGGGCGUCGAGGGGUCUGUGGAUACGAUGUGGGAAAUCACUCUGGUGAGGAACCUGACGCUGACGACCAACAAGGAAAGCUUUGGACCUUUCGGCUCCAGUGGCGGAAAACCUUUCUCCAUUCCUGUAGCCUCGGGUAAGAUCGUUGGCUUCUUUGGACGUGCGGGCGCCAUGAUUGAUGCCAUCGGACUUUAUCUAGCACCGAACUAGACCUCUUGGACUGAUACUGCUGAUUCAAUAAAUGAGUCUUGCUGCUACUUGGACUCCAUAAUAAAUGAACUAUUACUGUCAUCGUCCUUCCUCCGUCUCCUCCUCCCUGUACUCAAAGUUGGAUGUUAUCACGA